AUGGCCUUGGUUCGAAUCCCUCCAGGCUCGGGCUUGAAGCCCGAGGUCAAGCUGGGUCAAGCAAUUUCGGAGUUUGUUGCAGACCUAUCCACGGAACAAAAAGCGAGAUUCAAUGCAACGAGGACUCAAGCACUUGCAUCGCCGCCGACCAUUCAGGAUGUCAGAAUCAUUACCGCGGAGAUCGGUCGUUUGCCUAACGGCCGAUUCUUGGGCACAAGAUUUAUCAACCUUAUUGAAGCUGUGCAAAGAUUCGCUGCACUUGGGGAUAUCCUGAUCGGAGGAUCACAGAAUAUCAUCGCGUGUGGUGUUUGGUCGAUGGUUCGACUGUCAUUGUUGCUGAUCACAAGCUCGUCAUCGCACUUGGAGAAGCUCUCGGUUCUCUUCAUGAAUGCCGGACGCUCGACACAUAUCUUUGAAAAGCUUGCUCUAGUAUAUACUCGAUCUCGAGAUUUACAGUCAGCUGUCUGUGAAUACUUCACACUGGUAGUUCGACUAUGCCACGACAUUCUGAAAUUUACUAAGAUGUCAAGCUUCAGGAAGUUUGGGGCUGCCUUGUCUGACUCGAGUCUGCAGAAAUUCAGCUGUGAACUUACCUCUUGUGCUGAGCUGAUUGGACGUGAAGCAAAUGCUCUGAUGCACAAAAGAAAUGAAGAAGAGGCCGAGGCCAACUCUAGAUUCAGAGAUGUCUCGACAAGAUUUUUCAGGUCGGCCUCCAGUCAGCGAAAUCAUCAACAGGUAUUACGGGCACGACAGCGGGUCCUUGACUUUUGUUGUGGGUAUGAUUAUAUGGUCCCAUGGAAGCAGGCUCGCAAAGCAGGGAGCACGAAUCUGUUUCUCAAAUGUCCACACUACGAAGCUUGGAGAGACGGCACAGAAAGCAAGCCUCUUGUCUAUACUGGAAGGCUUGGAGCCGGGAAGUCUGUCAUGCUUGCCAGUAUGGUCGAUGACUUACAUCUUCAUGCUGGCAGCAGAAAUAUGACGGUGGCAUUUUUCUUCGCCCGCCAUGAUGUUGCUGAGACACUGAAAGCCCGAAAUGCAAUUGGCUUGCUUGUCAGACAACUCCUGAGUCAGGUCAUGGAUUUGAGGCAAGCUUGCGAAGUAUUGGAAGCUACAUCUCACAAGGCGCCGUUUGAAAUCAUGUUGGAUUUACUUCAAUCGGUCCUAAAACCUGAAUCCAAGGCCUUUAUUGUUGUUGAUGGAUUGGACGAGCUGAGCAGGGACGAGAGGAUCGAAUUUUUGGGAGAUCUCUACAAACUGAAAUCUUCAUUUCAACUGUCUGUUUGUCUAUCAUUUCGCCAAGAACCAAAUACGCCACUCAAUAUUGGCCCAAGGUCCCUGUUCGAUGCGAAAAUAGUCUCCAUUCCCUCAAACACCGCCGAGAUUGAAACAUUUAUCACAGAGGAACUUGAGAGACGUGUUGAAUCACGGAAGCUCGAGAUAGGCGACCCCCUCUUGCCGCUGGAGAUUCGAGAUGCUCUGGUAAAAGGCUCACAGGGAAUGUUCCUAUGGGUAGCUUUGCAAAUUGAGUCUUUGUGUACCAUGCACACUGAUGCAGAGAUUCGUCAUGCCUUGAACAACCUCCCGGAAGACCUUUCUGAAACAUUCUCGCGGGCCCUACAGCGAGCGAAUCAAUCAGGCAGUCCAUAUCAGAAACUGAUAUUGGAGCUGAUCACUGUUGCUGAGCGCCAAUUGACAACCGGGGAGUUACGCGAAGCGUUGAGUAUCACUCCUGGCGAUACUACUUGGAAUCCAUCUCAACUUUUGAACAAUAUCUAUAGUGCACUUGCGUGCUGUGGAGCCCUUGUUGUUCUAGAUGAGGAGGAGUUGACUCUUCAUUUCGUGCAUCAUAGUGUAAAACAACACCUCACCACUGGAUUCAAUGGUCGAGCUGAAAAUAUGCUUGAUCUUGUGGAAGCCCACAGCAGAAUGUUAAGCAUCAUCCUAACCUAUCUUUAUUGCGCAGAACUUGCGAACCAAAUCUCAAAGCAAGUCAUUCCCGAAGUAGACGCAAGUCUCGCCAUGAAUAAGAUCAUUGGGUCGACUGGCCACGCUCUUGACGAUUCGAGGACUUUGGCCUUGAAGUUGCUCAGAAAGAAGACUCCGUUGAAUCUCAACAUUUCAAAGGCCCUUGCAGAUGCGUGGAAAGCCCGAAAUACCUUUGCAUGCGAAAAAUUCCUGGAUAACUAUGCAAAGACAUUCUGGGUUUCCCAUCUUGCCGCGUCUUUUCCUCUCUCGUCUCAACAGCUUUUUACAAAGGCUGUGGCAACUGGGUCUGUGGAGGUCGUGACAUACCUCAUUGACGUAUGUAACGCGAACGUCAACUGGGAGCUCGAUUUUGAGGAGAGAACAGCAUUGCAUCUUUCUGUCAUGAAUAAUUUCAGCGAGCUUACCGAGGUGCUUCUGAAUUCAGAGGAUAUUGACGUGUUAGCAUCUGAUCAUGAAAAUGAGACCCCCAUGACGCUUGCUGCAUCAACGGGGUUCCCACUGCUCUACCUGGCUGCAAAAUAUGGGAACAUAAUCAUCAUGACUGACCUGAUUCAAAAUAGCCAGAAUAGAACAAAGAAUCAUUCGGUCACUAUGUGGAAUACCAUUGAAAGAGCAGUCCUCGAAGUACGCCCUGAAAUGGUUAAUCUUCUUCUUGGCUUUGCCUCGGACCCCUAUCUUGAAUAUGGAAGAAAACUCUCCUAUGAAUAUGUGCAAAUAGACCAUCCAGAGAUCACGAAAUUUCUGCUCCGAUUCCAUAUGCUCGACCUUCAAGCAGUCUAUGGUCAUGGAAGCUCACAAUCAAAUGGUUCAUGGAAGCCCGGGACGAUGGUCGGUCCGAACGACGCCAUGCUUCUGCAUUUAGCGGCUCAGCUCGGCUGGACGCAGGUAGUGAGACUUGCGAUCGCUGUACCACAUCUGGAUCUCAACAGCGUAGGUCCGUAUGGGCUGACACCCCUGCUCUUAGCUACUCAGUUUGGCCAAAGGGAUGUGGUGGAAGUCCUGAUUCAUGAACCCAAAGUCGACUUCCGCGCGAGAGAUCCUCAUGGAAACACGGCCUUGCAUUUGGCUGCUCAAUAUGGGCAUUAUGACAUCUUGGUAUCUCUCGCCCUCAACACAAAAGCUUAUCUGGGGUGGGAAGACAUUGAUGGGAAUGCACCUUUGCAUUUGACUACCAGUGCUGGUCAAAUCGAUGCUGCCAAGCUGAUGGUUGACCCAAGCUCAGACACUGGACUGAUUAGCAUAGAAAGAAAGCACAUCGAUGUCGUGAAGUUCCUUCUUGGCUUUGAUCCCACCUAUGAGGACUCACAUAAGUUCCACGUCGCUAUGGAAGAUGACGACUCUGCCAAAACACAACUGCUUGCGGAAUGGAAGGCAUUGAUCAAAGCUAAAGACAUCAGAGGACGAACAAUGUUGCACUUAACAGUUCUUCAUGGAUACAAGAGAGCCACGAGAGCACUCCUCGAAGAAGGGGCAGAUCCAUUCGCCAUGAACAAUGACCAUGACAUGCCAUUACACUGCGCAGCUGAAAGCGGUAAUGGGGAGAUGGUAAGAAUCUUGGUUCAACAUCCAAUCGUGCUUCAGACCCCGUUCAUAGGGGAUAAAUUAGCCAAUUACGAGGGCAAGGCCUUGCAUCGCCCCAUUACGGCGGGACAUGAUGCUGUGGCAAAGUUUCUUCUGUCAUUCAAGCCCUCAUUAUCGCACAUAGUCGUUCAGGCUGAACGCGGCUGA